AUGCAGAUUUCGAGCCGCCGUAGUCUGCCAACAUUGUGGAUAGAGGAUCUCUUAAAACUAGGUCCGGUCUAA